GGGGGCAGAAGGAGGAGGCUGAGGUGUUUUACCGGCGAGCACUCGCCAUCAGGAAGGCGAAGCUGAGGCCCGAUCACCCAGAUUUAUCGAGCACUCUGCUCGAGCCCGCUCAGUGUGCCGCUGGCAAGGAAGGGUUCAGGGAAGACGUGGCAGGGUUGGUUCGGCAAUUGCUCGCUGCUGGAGGGGGCAGGUGCCUUGGAGGCGGUUUGUCGAGUAUUAAUGACACAUUCUGCGGCAGGGAGGAUUGGGGAGGCCCAGGGGUACCAUGGGCGAGCGCUCAAGACUCGGGAAAAACAGCUCGGCGACGAUCACCUGGACGUGGCGACCACCCUGAACAACCUUGGGAUGUGCGCUUUGAAGGGAAGCUGGUUGGAGGAAGCCGAGACGUACCAUCGGCGAGCGGUCAAGAUUCGGGAAAAACAUCUGGGCGACAAUCGUGUGGACGUGGCGAUAACCCUGAACAACCUUGGAAUGUGCACUUACGAGGCAGGCAGGACGGAGAAGGCCGAGGCGUACCAUCGGCGAGCACUCAAAAUUCGGGAAGAACAGCUGGGCGACGAUCAUCUGGACGUGGCGACCACCCUGGAAAACCUCGGGAUGUGCGCUUUGAAGGCAUGGAGGACGGAGAAGGCCCAGGGGUACCGUCGGCGAGCGCUCAAGAUUCGGGGUAAACACCGCUACGACAAGAGCGGAAAUGCCAGCAAGUUCCGCGCCACUCUCCGUUUCAAGUUGCGCGCCCCGACGACAAAACGCGUGGUGACAACGAGAACGUCGUAUCUCGUGACGGUAUCGGUUCGGGGGGGAACGAGCUGCUCCGGUGACGGAAAGCCGGGAGGCGAGUUCAUUGACCCAGGUCUCACCGCCAGCGGAAGACCAAGCGACGGCCACUUAACGCGAAGAGAAAAAGUGCACGACGACCACGUCGUGGCUGUGUUUAACCGCGUCAUGCUCGCGGACGGUCUCAAGGUCCUGAAGCAGCUGCGCAGCUGCAAGGCGGCGUGCAGCCGCGUGAUCCGCUUCGUGCCCGACUACUUGUUCGGAGGGUCUCUGGUGUGGCACAAGCCUGUCAACCCGCAAGGCGCAAAGAACAGCAGGGUCCCACUGGACGUGACCACCCAGGUGGAGCUGGAGGCGUGCAUCGUGUGGAUCUCGGCGAGUGACGAGCGUGUCGGGUGUGAGACGUCCAAACUAGAAGACGCUGAGAUAAUGUACGAGGCGAUCUGUAUCCUUGUAGACAGGUGCAACGCAUGAGCCCCUAAAAGCCUCCGGGGCGCGCAUUCGAGUGCAAUCCUGCGCGGUCAAGACGACGCUGCUGGACGCCGCCGGCGUACGAUAUGUGUUUGAAUAAGAGCACGGCAGGGAAGUGUGCACGAGACAUGAGUGUAUGCACAGACGGACACACGUGACCGGCGACGCCUCCGUGGUCUCAAGGGCAGUAGUACUAGCUCGACUAGUCACUGCACGUGUUUUUUGGCAGGGCCGUGCUCGAGGUCAAGGGUAGCCUUGGCUCGGGCGUCGUGGCGUGCAAACCGUAAAACACCGUGCCGCUGCGUGCCAACUGUCGACACGCCACGUCACAGAUGAUCGCACGCGCCGGUGCCCUUUACGGCUUGAUAGCAUGUCAUCGUGCGCUUGCAAGAAAGUGGAUAGACUAGGUAGGUUGAUGUAUUGGUUUGCAAGCGGCCCUUUGUAGGUAGGUUGAUGUGUUGGUUUUUGUCUUGUCUUGUAACACGAAGGACGCUCGAUCAUGCUGGAGCUGGCUCAGUAAGCCCCAAAGCGCAAGGAGGGGCACUGUGAUACAGUUUGUCCGACAACCUCGACGUUGUCAGAGAAGCACGUGGCCAAAGCGUGGAGCCCUCGUUCCUUGACGGUAUGAACAUUCUCGCUCAACUCCUGGGCCCACUCACGUCGGUCUACCCCCCUUCAUUUUGCGUCUGCGCUCUCAGUGUUUAGUUUGUUUCCUCUCCUGUUGAAGGGCUUUGCCAUUUAUUCAGCCUUGGGCUCAUGUGGGCGAUGGUAGAGAAGAAAUAUCUCAAUAUACUUGCUCCUGAGGGAGGUGGGCGCAACGACCUGCUUGAUACGUAGCUAGUCUAGAGAAAACCUCAUCCGAUCACUCCCUUGCAGGGAUUCAAGCACAACGCUGGGAAGAUACACAAUUGACAAGCGGGAAUUCAAGAUUUUCUGAGCUGCUCUGCUGUAGGACAAGCUAGGCAUAAAUUUUUAUUUUUUUCAUGGCGUGGGGGAUGGCAUGGCCUGUGCAACCUCAGCCGUGACCCCCCGGCCUAUAGUAGUGGGCACAGAUAGAAUAAUGUGGUGACUUUUUUUAUUGGGGAUGUUGCAUUCGUUUCUUUUGUUUGGCUUUGUAUUCGGUUGGCAUCUCGUCCCGAGCGGGAGCGAUGCGCUUUUUAAUGUUCUCGUUGUCCAAUAUGUUGUCGGCGGCGCCGCCUGACUGCUGCUUGGGUCCUUUUCUACACACUUCAUCUGCUGUUUUUGUUGGGUUCUAUUAUCGCAUUUCGGGACGCUUUUUAUUGGGGACCCUUUCUUCCUCUUGGAUUUGUUCGAAGUGUGAGCCCCUUUCGGCGUAGUCGACGCAUGUGUACGACCACGAAAGGCAUCCGUGUCGGGCGGGCCGGUGUGUCAGAAGGUACUUAACGACCUGAACUUUUUUCGAUGUGAAGACACCGGGAACGACAAGCACACUCACUAACGAAGAUGGCGGAUGCC